AAAAUAGUAUACUAAGGAUAAAAUCAUAUUAACUAACAAUGGACAUGUUUAAAUCACUAACUAAACCGUUUUUCACGCCUAAACAAAGUCAAUAUGUCCACAAAAAAAAUACCAAUGAACUAUUCAAUUCUAUUCAUUUUAUUUUUGCUAUUUUAAGUUUUUUCUAAACCGAAUCUCUCAUUUAUUAUCACCUUAACUAAAACCCAUUCUCACCUAAAAUCAAUUCAUCUCUCUAAUCAAUUUCUCUCUCUCUCUCUCUCUCCCACAAUUUCCUAGUAAAAAAAAAAUUAAGAAAUUAAAGUUAAUAAACCAUUCAAAUCAAAGCUUGAGGAAAAGCAUAAGGUUAGGUGGUUUUUGAUUUUUUGAUUUUUUUUUUCUUUGUUGGGUUGAAUAUUAAUAAAUAAAAAUAAAAAGAGAGGGAGAGAAGGAGAAAAGUAAUUUUUUUUUAAAAAAAAAAUGGGAGAUACAUUGACAGAAAAUAGUGGAGGGAGGCAAUCAUCCUCUUUGAUGGACAGUUUGCUCGGACUCCUAAGACUCCGAGUUAAACGAGGCAUUAAUCUUGCCGUUCGUGAUGUUCGUAGCAGUGAUCCUUAUCUUGUUGUCAGGAUGGGCAAACAGAAACUAAAGACACGAGUAGUUAAGAAGGAUGUUAAUCCCGAGUGGAAUGAAGAUCUAACCCUUUCAGUCACAGACUCUAAUCUUCCUAUUAUGUUGACUGUAUAUGACCAUGACACAUUUAGCAUGGAUGACAAAAUGGGAGAUGCAGAAUUUAACAUAAAAUCAUACAUAGAAGCAUUGAAGAUGAAUUUAGAUUCUGAUCUUCCAAGUGGGACAAUAAUCACAAGAGUACAACCAAGUAGGCAAAAUUGUUUGGCUGAAGAAAGUUGCAUCAUGUGGAAUGAAGGCAAAGUCAUUCAAGACCUUUGUUUAAGAUUAAGAAAUGUUGAAUGUGGUGAAGUUGAAGUUCAACUCCAAUGGAUUGAUCUUCCUGGUUGUAAAGGUUUAUAAAAACUUUAUAUAUAUAAAUAUAUCUACACAUAUAAGUGUCUUACAUUCAUACAUAUAUAUCUAUAUGUACUUUGUAUUAUGUUUCUCUUUAUACAAGUUCAUUAUUAGAUGAUAAAAUGUUUCUGUUGUAAGAACAUUGCUAUUAGAUAAUAAUAUUGUUUUAUCAA